AUGUACCUGUAUACUCGUCAUCGUCGUUCGCUCAUUCCUCCUUUUACGAGCUAUGAUAUUGGCCUUCAGUCUCAGACAUGUCUUACGGGAGUUAUUUUUGUAGCUUUGAGCAGUAUCAAUCCCUCCAAUCUUGGUCCAAAAAAUGCGGAUCAGACUCCGUAUCAAUACUGUCCUCCAACGCCAGAAUGUAAGAUUACACAUCUGGAAACUUUGUGGAAUACUUGCCAGCAGAUUCAAGAUCCUUACGUACCGAUGACAUGUAAACUAGGAUAUUACUGCCUUGCUGGGGACCGAGAGCAGAUUGUAUGCCCUCGGGUAAAUACCGCCCUCUUGGAUCUUUCAACCCCAUUUAAUGCGAUGUGCUAUUUUCAUGUCAUCAAGGCAGUUCACAACAAUUUCCAUUGCCUGGAAUUUCUAGUAGUCAUUAUUGACAUUUCUCUGGCUCUUUUAUUCGGCUAA